GAGAAGAGGUGUGCCAAGCUGCUCGGCUGGCUCCAGUGGAGGUUUUGUUGCCGUUGUAAUUGAUUUGGGGUGGGGGGGUCGAGAUGAGCAGCCCGUGCCUGCUGCGCACUGCCCCCAUAAGCCAACCCCGGCUCCGAGAGGUCAAGAUCAGUCUAAAGGCCAGCAGCAGGGAUGCUGGAGCCGUCCGGAGCAGCAAGGAAGCUGCGAGCCGACCCUUCACUCCAGCAGAGAAGGAGGCCCAAGUCCGGGUCGGAGUGAGCGGCAGCCGGAGCCGGAGCACCCCGCCGGUCCAUCGCGCCCUCAGACCCGAGAGCAGGAAGGCAACGAGCAAGCAGCAGGUACCGGAGCAUCACCCCGAGAGGAAUGGCACCGUCCUGCACAUCCCAAUUACCUCAGCGCCCACGGGGCUCUCCCUCUUUUCCUCAUCCUCGUCCUCAUCCUCGUCCUGCACCCCCCGCCGUCCGCGGCCCUCUCAAACCCACCCGGACCUGGCCCCCAUCAUCUCUUCGUCCUCCUCUUCGUCUUCGGCCAGGAGCAUGAAGCGGGCGCGCUGGCUGAGUUACAGCACCUCCAACAUCUGCUUCAACUCCAUCCUGGACGGGCGCUUCAGGCAGCUGCAAGAUGAGCGUGAGGCAGUUCAAAAGAAGACCUUUACUAAAUGGGUCAACUCGAUCCUGUCCCGCGUUGGCUGUCGCAUCUCUGACCUCUACCUGGACCUGCGUGACGGACGGAUGCUAAUUAAACUGUUGGAGGUCCUGUCUGGAGAACGUCUGCCAAAGCCCACUAAAGGCCGGAUGCGUAUCCACUGUUUGGAAAAUGUGGACAAGGCCUUGCAGUUUCUCAAAGAACAGAGGGUUCACCUGGAGAACAUGGGGUCCCAUGACAUUGUCGACGGCAACCACCGUCUCAUCCUCGGCCUCAUUUGGACCAUCAUCCUGCGUUUCCAGAUACAAGACAUUAUCGUGGAAACGGGCCAGGCAGACCAGAAGGAGACACACUCAGCUAAAGAUGCUCUUCUUCUGUGGUGUCAGAUGAAAACUGCAGGAUACCCAAACGUCAACAUCACAAACUUCACCACCAGCUGGAAAGAUGGAAUGGCCUUUAACGCCCUCAUCCACAAACACCGGCCAGAUCUGGUGGACUAUACCAAACUCAAGCGGUCCAAUCCAACCCACAACCUCCAGAACGCCUUUAAUGUGGCAGAACAGAAGCUUGGCGUGACCAAGCUGUUAGACCCAGAAGAUGUUUUCACUGAGAACCCAGAUGAAAAAUCCAUCAUCACGUAUGUUGUGGCAUUUUACCACUACUUCUCGAAGAUGAAGCAGCUCGCUGUCGAGGGAAAGAGAGUUGGAAAGGUUCUGGAUCAAGCUAUAGAGACGGAGAAGAUGAUCGAUAAGUAUGAGACGCUGGCUUCGGACUUGCUGACGUGGAUCGAGCAGACCAUCGUGGUGCUGAACAACAGAAAGCUUGCCAAUUCCCUGACUGGAGUCCAGCAGCAGCUUCAGGCCUUCAACACGUACCGCACUGUAGAGAAGCCUCCCAAGUUCCAGGAGAAAGGGAACCUGGAGGUGCUGCUCUUCACCAUUCAGAGUCGCAUGAGGGCCAACAACCAGAGGGUCUACACGCCAAAAGAGGGAGCCUUGGUUUCAGACAUCAACAGGGCCUGGGAGCGUCUGGAAAGGGCGGAGCACGAACGGGAGCGUGUCCUGAGGGAUGAGCUGAUCCGGCAGGAGAAGCUGGAACAGAUGGCGCGAAGAUUUGACAGGAAGGCGGCCAUGAGGGAGACGUGGCUCCAGGAGAACCAGAGACUAGUGGCUCAGGAUAACUUUGGUUACGACCUGCCAGCUGUAGAAGCAGCGAAGAAGAAGCACGACGCCAUCGAGACAGACAUCGCCGCAUACAAGGAGCGCGUUCAGGCGCUGGUCAACAUCUCCAAGGAGCUGGAGUCUGAGCGUUACCAUGACGCCAAACGGAUCGACGUGCGAAAGGACAACAUCCUGCGGCUGUGGGACUACCUGCAGGAGCUGCUGAAGGCCCGAAGGGGGCGUCUGGAUAUGAACCUCACCCUGCAGAGGAUCUUCCAGGAGAUGCUCUACAUCAUUAGCUGGAUGGAUGAAAUGAAGGCUCGACUGCUCUCUCCAGACUUUGGGAAACACUUGUUAGAGGUGGAGGACUUGCUGCAAAAACAUGCUUUGCUAGAGAACGAUAUCGCCCUGCAGGCAGAAAGGGUGCAGAGUGCCAGUGCUGCUGCUCUGAAGUUUGCAAAUGGAGAUAGCUACAAACCAUGUGAUCCCCAGGUGAUUCGUGACAGGGUGCAACACCUGGACCUUUGCUACCAGGAGCUUUGUGCCCUCGCUGCACAGAGGAGAGCUCGCUUGGAGCAGUCCCGCCGCUUCUGGAACUUCCUGUGGGAGGUGACUGAGCUAGAGAGCUGGGUCAGGGAGAAGGAGCAACUCUUCUCCUCCUUGGAUUACGGCAAGGACUUGACAAGCGUGCUGGUGCUCCAGAGCAAGCACAGCGCCUUCGAGGAUGAGCUUGGAGCGCGCCGCACCAAUCUGGAGCAGGUGUUGGCUGAAGGGGACAAGAUGAUUCAGGCAAAGCACUUCGGCUCUCCAAAGAUCCAGGAGUGCAGGGACGACAUCCGGAGGCAGUGGCAGCAGCUGGAGGACUUAGCCGCCUUUCGAAAGCAGAACCUCCAGGACACCCAGACAUUCUUCCAGUUUCAGGGUGACGCCGACGAACUCAAGGCCUGGCUGCUUGAUGCCAAGAGACAGAUGAGCAGCGACGACGUCGGCCACGACGAGUACACAACUCAGCGGCUCCUGAAAAACCAGAACAACCUGCGAAAUGAAGCCAUCAAGAACGGAGCCACCAUCGAAGCGCUGUCCAAGCAGGCUAACGCGCUGCCAGAGGAGCUACAAAACACCCCUGACAUUCAGAGGCGUCUGAACGACAUCAAGGACCUUUACAUGGAGCUCCUGACUCUGGCUGACCUGAGACAGAAGAAACUGGAUGACACCAUGGCUCUGUACACCAUCUUCAGUGAGACGGACGCUUGUGAGCUCUGGAUGAGCAUGAAGGAGACGUGGCUGGUGGACUUAGAAGUGCCAGAGACCCUGGAGGAUUUGGAGGUGGUCCAGAACAGGUUAAGCGCUCUAGCUCAAGAAAUGGUGAAUGUCCAGUCGAGAGUAGACGACGUCAACAAAGCUGCAAAACAGCUUGAGGACAGCAGACACCCUCGCAUCAGAGAGAUCAAGGAAUGCCAGACACGACUGAAUAAGAGGUGGGAGGCGUUCAAGGCCAUGGUGGAAGAUAAGAAAAGGAAAGUCGACUCUGCUGUUAGUCUACACAACUAUAGGUUGGAGUGCGAUGAGACAGAAACCUGGAUCAAAGAAAAGACACGGGUGAUCGAGUCCACACAGGACCUGGGCAACGACCUGGCAGCCGUCAUGACCAUCCAGAGGAAACUCUUCGGCAUGGAGAGAGAUCUAGCUGCCAUCGAGGCCAAGCUCUCCUUCCUUAAAGCAGAGGCAGAGCAGCUGGCCCAGGACCACCCGGAGAACGCAGCGGAUAUCUUAGCCCGCAGGGGAGAGCUAGACACGGCCUGGGACAGGCUUAGAAAGACCCUAAAAGACAGGGAGGACUCUCUAGGUGAGGUCAGUAAGUUACAGACCUUCCUCCAAGACAUGGACGACUUCCAGUCCUGGCUUUUCAAGACCCAGAAAGCUGUGGCAUCGGAGGAGGUGCCCACCUCGCUGCAAGAGGCCGAAGAGUUGCUCAGCCGUCACAACUCCGUGAGAGAAGACAUAAACAACCAUGAAGAGGACUACCACCGGGUGAGGGACACUGGAGCUCAGGUCAUCCAGGGCCAGGAAGAGGAUCCUCAGUACCAGCAGCUGGAGCAGAGGCUGAAGGGCCUGGACCGCGGCUGGUAUGAACUGCAGAAGAUGUGGGACAGUCGCAAAAACUUCCUGGACCAGGGUUUGGGCUUCCAGCAGUUCCUGAGAGACGGCAAAGCUGUGGAGACCAUCCUCAAUAACCAGGAGUACACACUGGCCCACAUAGACAAGCCCGACACGUUGGCAGGGGCAGAAAAGGCUUUGAAGAAGCACGAAGACUUCGUCAGCACGAUGGAAGCCAAUGAAGAUAAGAUCGACGGUGCCGUGCAGAGCGGACAGCGGCUGGUGGACAGCAACAACCUGUACUCUGGGAAAAUUCAGGAGAAAAUGGACUCGGUCCAGGACAGGCAUAACAAGAAUAAGAGACGAGCUGUGGAGGUGUCUGGAAAGCUGAAAGAUAACCGUGACCUUCAGCACUUCCUGCAAAACUCGCAAGAUCUGAACGUAUGGAUCAAUGAAAAGAUGCUGACAGCUCAGGAUACGUCAUAUGAUGAGGCCAGAAACCUCCACAGCAAGUGGCUCAAACAUCAGGCUUUCAUGGCGGAGCUGGCCUCCAAUAAGGACUGGCUCAACAAAGUAGACCAGGAGGGUCAGGAGCUCAUGGACUCCAAGCCUGAGUUUGAGCCCAUUGUGAAGGAGCGCCUGGCUCAGCUUCAUGAGCUGUGGGACAAACUGGAGUCCACAACUCAGGAGAAGGACCGGCUGCUGUUUGACGCCAAUCGCUCUGAGCUUUUCGACCAGAGCCUGGCUGAUAUGAAGAAGUGGCUGGCCGAGCUUCAGCAGCAGUUGCAGAGCGGGGAUGAGGAUGUAAAAGACCUUACAAAUGCCAAUAUCCUGCUCAAAAAGCACCAGAUGACGGAGAACCAGGUUCGUGACCGGGCACGGGAGCUGGAUGAACUCCAGGAGGCUGUCAGGAAGCAUGGAGGAGCAAGGGAGGACCAGCCAGAGCUGGAGGCUGAGCAGCAAGCCCUGCAGAGUGAGUUCCAGCAGCUCCUCAUGCCGCUGUCCCAGCGCAGAGGCAAGCUGGAGGCUGCCAAAGCUGUCCAUCAGUUCUACAGAGACCUGGCUGAUGAGCUGCUGUGGAUUGAGGAGAGGAUGCCCCUGGCAAUGUCACAGGAGCACGGUAACAAUCUUCAAACUGUCCAGAUGCUGUUAAAAAAGAACCAGACAUUGCAGAGGGAGAUCGAGGGCCACCAGCCCCGUGUCGACGAAGUGCUGGAGCGGGGUAGGCGGAUGGCGACGGCGGCCAGCACGGAGGACAGGCCGGAGGCGGAGAGAAUCCAGGACCAGAUGCAGGAGCUGGAGCAGGCUUGGGCCCGGCUGCAGGACGAGAUGACCAAACGGCGAGAGAGGCUGAGCAGCUCCGACUUGGCCCAACAGUAUUACAACGAUGCUGAUGAGGCAGAGGCCUGGAUAGGAGAGCAGGAGCUCUACAUGAUUGCUGAUGAAAAGGCUAAGGAUGAGCAGAGCGCCAUGCUGAUGCUGAAGCGCCACAUGAUCCUGAAACAGGCAGUGGAGGACUACGCUGACUCCAUUCAGAAGCUUUCUGAGCGUGCCCAGAAGAUGUUUGCAGAGGACCGUCCUGAUGGUGAAGAUAUCAUACGGCGGCAGGGCCAGGUUGAUAAGCAGUACGCAGGCCUGAAGGAGCUGGCAGAGGACCGCAAGAAGAAGCUGAAACACACCUAUGAUCACUUCCUGCUUAGCAGAGAGGUGGAGGACCUGGAGCACUGGAUCGCAGAGAGAGACGUUGUGGCGUCCUCGCAGGAGAUGGGUCAAGACCUGGACCACGUAACGCUUCUGAGGGAUAAAUUCAGAGAGUUUGCGCGGGAGACGGGGAUGACAGGUCAGCAGCGAGUGGACAUGGUCAACCAGAUAAUAGAUGAGCUGAUUGAAACGGGCCACAGCGAGGCGGCCACCCUGGCAGAGUGGAAGGACGGCAUAAAUGACAGCUGGGCUGACCUGCUGGAGCUCAUCGACACUCGCUCUCAGCUCCUCACGGCGUCUUACGACCUGCUCAAGUACUUUGAUGAUGGAAAAGAGUUGGUGACACAGAUCCAUGAGAAGCAGAAAGAGCUGCCUGAGGACGUGGGGGAAGAUUUCAGCAAAGCCGAGUCCUUCCACAGAAUGCACGCCGCCUUUGAGAGAGACAUCACUGCCCUGGGCAAACAGGUUCAACAGUUCCAGGAGACAGCCUUGAGACUUCGAGCUCAGUAUGCAGGGGACAAACAGGACGCCAUCCAGGCCAUGGAGAGGGAGGUCGUCGAAGCCUGGAAGGGCCUGCUGGGCGCUUCUGACGGCCGGCGGGCUCAGCUGGUGGACACGGCGGAGAAGUUCCGCUUCUUCAGCAUGGUCCGAGACCUGCUGGCCUGGAUGGAGAGCAUCAUUCAGCAGAUAGAGACUCAGGAGAAACCCAGGGAUGUCUCCUCCGUGGAGCUGCUGCAGAAGUACCACCAAGGGAUCCGUUCAGAAAUUGAAACCAGGGGAGCCAAGUUCACCGACUGCACAGACCUCGGCAAGUCCAUGUUGACCCGUAAGCACCGAGACUCUGCCGAGAUCAAAGAGAAGCUGGUACAGCUGAUGGAGAAAAGGCAGGAAAUGAUGUUCAAAUGGGAUGACAGAUGGGACUGGCUCCGACUCUUGCUGGAGGUGUGUCAGUUUGCACGAGACGCUUCGGUGGCGGAGGCCUGGCUGAUUGCUCAGGAGCCCUACGUGAGCAGCAGGGACCUGGGUCAGACCGUGGACGAGGUGGAGAAGCUCCUCAAGAGGCACGAAGCCUUUGAGAAAUCCACCGCCACAUGGGAGGAGCGCUUCUCAGCGUUGGAGCGCCUCACCACGCUGGAGCUGUUGGCGCUGAGGAAGCAGCAGCAGGAGAUGGAGCAGUUCAUUACAGACGAGCAGCGCUCAGAGAAAGAGAGCAGGAGAGAAGACACGGGCUUUGUAGAAGAAUCCUCACAGUUCUACACUACUGAGGAACAAACCCAGUCUGGGGCGAUGGAGCCCAGUUCAGGUCAGCAGGAUGGGACCGCUGGUGACUCCAUGGUGCCUAUAGAGUCAGAAAUGAGAGAGAGCGCCUCUCUGGAGCUGGACCCCUCUGUGUCGGCCCCCAAAGAACCUGAGAGGGCGGCCACCAUGCCAACAGAGACCCAAAGGAGCCAGACGGUGCUGCAGGAGGGGAUGCUGUGCCGCAAACAUGAUGUGGAGGGCUCCGGAAAGAAGGCUUCAAACAGGUCCUGGAACAACUUGUACUGCGUGCUGAAGCCGGGCCAGCUCUCCGCAUAUAAGGACUCCAAAAGCUGUAGUCAUGGAGUGACGUAUCACGGUGAGAGCCCCCUACCCCUCACUAACGCCACCUGGGAGAUCCUCACCAGCUAUAAGAAAAAGAAGCACGUCGCCAAGCUGCGACUCGCAGAGGGCAGCGAAUAUCUGUUCCAGUGUAAAGACGAGGAGGAGCUCCAACGCUGGAGCCAGGCCAUGGAGAAGGCCGUACAGAGCCUGGCAGCAGAGGAGGCCCCGGGCCCCUCGGGGUCCAAAACCCACAGCCUGCCCGCAGCUCCCUCCUCCGCGGCCGCCCCGCCUGAGCCGGGCUCUGCCAAGAAAGACAAGGAGAAGAAGUCCGGCCGCUCUGGCAAGAAGAAGUGAACGAGGAAAGGAGAGCCGUCUGGAGAGGCGGUAGCCUAGGCAACCCGGAGAGAGGAAGUAGUGUGUGUACCGCCAGUCGGAGCGGGCUUUUCAUCACCUGAGAUUUUUAUAUGAUUUUUUUGUGACUAAUAACUAGUGUAGUUUAGGUUUAAAGCCAUCACUAUUGCCUGUAUUUAAGCGAGUGUAGGAUUACAAAGGUCCCUUUUUGUUUGUGUUGUUUAGAAAUGCUAAAUUUAAAUUUAAAGCACAGGAAUGCGUCACACUCAACCAAAGAUUGUUUGUAAAACUUUGCUUUUCUUAGAUCAGAUGGCGUUUUAUUUUAUUUAAAAAAAACAAAAAAACAAUUCUGUGCUUUAUUUAAGCAUGCUUGGAUAAAGCCAUGUAGGACAUUAAGGUAUUUCCAACAAUUUGCCUUAUAAAAUGGUUGUGAACUGUAAUACUGUGCUGUUUGAGUUCAGAGCACUAAAUGCUACGUAUCCAGAAGCAGAGAGAGAGAGACAGACAGGCGACGUUCGGGAGCAGCUUUGUAAAACGCAGUGUAAAGAUUUGGAGGGGGGGGGUGCAGAACAGCACACGCUGCAGGUGUAACUGCAGUUCUGUGAACUAAACGCUCUAUGCACUGGAAGAGGAGGCUUUUUUUAAUGAUAGUAGCGGUCAUGUGAAACCACAACCGCUGGGUUCAGAAUACAGUCUCGUUCAGGCCGUAUUCUCAACUCAUCCGUGGCAGUAGUUAUUUUUGUGAAUUUCAAAUAUAUCCAACACUUGUGUACCGAACUCUGACUUUCCUAUCUAUUCAUUGACAUGUAUGCACUAUAUAUCUGCAGAUGCAUGGAGUACGUUUUACAUUAGUCUGACAUGGUGCUAUUGAGAUAUUCCUGAAGCAAGACCAACCUUGACAGCUUGCAGACGCACUACUGAAAGGAGUUCUGCCGGCGCUCUUGCGUCUGUGGGGGGUUUCAUAAAGGUGGCUCACAUCCGCAGGCGUUCCAGUAAGAAGCCCACAAAGCGAGACUUUAGGCAGAUCUCCACUACGUGCCUCAGUCAGAUUCCUGCAGAUUGGCGGGAAGCUCGGGCUUUUACAAAAAACCCACCUUAACGCAUCAGCACUGCAUCUUUUAGGUACACCACUGGGAAGCCUGACUCUGUGGAUGCAAACCACGGUGGUGGCAGCAUCAUGCUGUGGGGAUGCUUCUCUUCAAUAGGGACAGGGAGGCUGAGGAAAGAUGAUUCUGAGGAAGGAUGGAGCUAAACGAAGGGAAAUCCAGGGGGACGGCACUGCUCAGCAGUAGGGAGAGGAGUUAUCUUCGUCCCACAAGGUAUUCAAAACAUGGUGGUGGCAGCAUCACGCUGUGGGUAUAGCAACUUAUUUAAGGAAUUUUAAAAGAACGCAAAAUAUGAGCCAGGUCCGUCGUUAUAAAAAGAGACUGUUAAACUUCCUAUGAUUACGGAAGAUACAAAACUACUUAAUUGGUGCAAAAUGACUACAAUCUGAGGCCUUCCUGCUUAAAAUAAUAAUAAAUACAAGCCACUCUUUAUGAAACGCAUCUCAUGGGCUGGAUUUCUUUUACUCUGUGCGAAAAAGACAAUCAGCAAUUAAGAGUCUAAUAAUGGCUAAUCUAGGAUUUCAACCAGGGGCUGUAACUCAAAAUGUGAGGACACCCCUCGCAUUGUUGUAAAUGUUUUCAUGUUUUCAUGAGGCAACGCAAAAGAUCCAGUGCACUGUAGUUAGGGUCCAGCUUGGCAAACCGUCCAUUUUUUCUGCCCACACAAUAACUCAACACAACAUUGUCUGACCAGCCGGCAACAAACGUGAAAAGAUACAAAUUGUGCCCAAUUCGUAUAUUUUCCCUCAUUGGUGUCAUGUGACUCGUUGGUGCUAAACGUCUCAGGGGGUGAAUGGAGGAGUUUUGACUCUCACUGGUCACAGGAAGUUCAACAUGGCUCCUCGUGGGCAAGAACUCUGAGGAUGUGAGAAACAAAACUGUCGCUCUAGAUCAAAAUGGCCGAGGCUCCAACACCCUACAACUGAGCAGCUCAGACGCACCCGGCAUCAUAUUGCUCUGCAUGGCUGUCGUCCCAGAGGAAAAGCCUCUUCUAAAGAUUAAAACCCAAGAAAUCCUGCAAACAGUUUACUGAAGACAAGCAGACCAAGGACCUGGAUCACUGGAACCCUGUCCUGAUGAGACCCAGUGAAACGUUUGUGGUUCAGCACGGUGGUGGGAGUGUGAUGGUGUGGGUCUGUGUGACUGCUGCCGGCUGAGCUGGAGGAGAGGAAGACGAAUCCUUCAUGUUGGUCGCUCAAAAUGAUGACACUGGGCACAUUGUGGACGUUUUUAUUUAGGGGUGCUCACGGUUUAGAUAUUAAUGGCUUUGUGUUAUUUUGGAGGAACAACAAAUCUAAAGUUAUACGAGCUGGACCCUGACUAAAUUGGAUCAAAGUGUCAAAUCUUCAGUGUUGUCCCAUGAAAAGAUGUAAUAAAAUAUGGGCAAAAAUGUGAGGAGUGUACUCACUUUUCUGAGUGUUUAAUGGAAAAUAACCUUUACGUCACUAGAGGACCAGGCGUGAAUCAUACAGCGGCGGUAAUGUGUUUAUGAUGUGAGCGUGGCGUAGGGAAAUUUCACAGUAAAACGCUGCAUAAUGAGGCGAUAUGCAAACAGGAGUUGUAGAGGGUUCAAGCCGUACGAGCCAGCAUGGCGGCACUGGUGCGGUCUACACCGCCGGCCCGCCUUGUGCUGCGGGUUCUGUCACAAUCAGGUGACCUCAAUAAAAGCCACGUUUAGAUACGAGACCGUUCACCUCAAGAGCUCUCAUGAUCUCCUUACAUUUAAAAAAGGACCCAUCUAGUGAAGCUCGUCUUCACACCGACAGACAUCGCUAGGCAGUGAGCGUUUUAUUUUCAUUUGUACAAGAGAGCCCCAUCAGAAAAUGGUUUGAAAGACUUGCGUUGUAUUUUUGUUUUUGCUGGUCGCUCCAUCAACAAUAACUCAGAAUGUGACACUUUUACCCUCACGCCGCCAUCCACUCCUUUCCUCCGUGCCCUCUCUCUUCACUGGUUUUUAAAUCUGCAUUUUGUACUCUCCAGCUGUGUAAAAUAUCCAGAAAUGUUCAGAGAAAACAUCAGUAUACAUUUUGAGAAUAAAGUUUAAACCCAAAGCCCAGAAA